AUGGCGAGGAAGCUCACUGUAUUGGAAGUCCUUCUGAUUGUCUUCAUCAUAAUCAUACUUGCCUUAGAUAUCCUCCUGCUGCUUCUUGUGUUGGAGAAUCCUUCAGAUCGUCCAGUGUGCCCAGAGAUCCCUGAAUCAGAAAGGAUAGACUGUGCGCCUGGCCAGGUGGUGACAGAGGUCAGAGAAAUGGGCUCCCUGCUGUUGCCUGCUGGGUUUUAUUUAAAAGAAAUGAGUGGGAAGAAGGUGGUGGUGGAGUGGAUUAUGGGCCUCAAGGGCCUUCUGGAAUCAUGUUACUGGCAAGAAUAUCAACUAUUUGAACGCUGCUUAGCUGUGACUUACGAAUUUAUCAUAAAGGCUGUCUGCAGAUGGCAACAUAAAUGCUGCUGGAAGCCUGGGUCAGAUGCUGAUGUCCCUACAUGCUUCUUCCCCAGGAACUGGGGCUAUAAUGUCAGCAAUGACUAUAAAAAUACAAGCGCAGGGUUUACUGCCCAGUUGAAAAGGUUGUCAUCCCCAUCUCUGUUUGGAUAUGAUAUCGUCGACACCCUCUUCACAGCUGAAUAUCAGACAGCCAAUCGUUUUCAUUUCAAGAUCACUGAUUUCAAUAACAUGCGCUAUGAAGUCCCCCAUGAAAAUAUUCAGCUGUUUAAUGAGACUGUUGAUACCUCCAAUUUGAGCUAUCACAUAGAGGUCACUCAUAUACCCUUCAGCAUCAAAAUAAUGAGGACGAGCAAUAAAAGAGUCUUGUUGGACACGAGCAUUGGGCCCCUCCUGUUUGCCCAGCAGUACCUGCAGCUGUCUUUCCGACUGCCCAGCGCCAAUGUGUAUGGGCUGGGGGAACAUGUGCACCAGCAGUACCGUCACAACAUGACCUGGAAGACCUGGCCCAUCUUCACCCGGGAUGCCACCCCCACUGAGGGCAUGAAUAAUCUGUAUGGAGCUCAUACAUUCUUCUUGUGCCUUGAAGACACCAGCGGCUCCUCUUUUGGGGUUUUUCUGUUGAACAGCAAUGCUAUGGAGGUCACCCUUCAGCCCGCCCCUGCAAUCACUUACCGCACCACUGGGGGCAUUCUUGACUUUUAUGUGUUCCUGGGAAACACUCCAGAACAAGUGGUGCAGGAAUACCUGGAGCUUGUUGGACGACCAUUCUUGCCUUCAUACUGGAGUCUUGGAUUCCAGCUUAGUCGCAGAAAUUAUGGUGGCAUCAACGGAUUGAAAGAGGUUGUAGCUCGAAAUCGUGCAGCUGGGAUCCCAUAUGAUGUCCAGUAUUCUGACAUAGACUACAUGGAUGGAAAGAAGGAUUUCACUAUUGAUGAAGAGGCGUUCCCUGGUCUCUCAAAUUUUAUCAAAGACUUACAUAGCAAUGGAAUGAAAUAUGUAAUUGCUGUGAAUCCUGGCAUCUCAAAUAACUCUGACUACCUGCCCUAUGUGAAUGGGACAAAAAAGAGAGUAUGGAUCUUGGAUGACAAUGGCUUUGUCACUGGGCAGGGAUAUCCCGGAUGGACAGUCUUUCCCGAUUAUAGUAAUCCAAUUUGUACUGAGUGGUGGACAGAGGAGUUCAGUGAAUUUCAUAAAACUCUGGAGUUUGAUGGAGUCUGGAUUGAAAUGGAUGAAGUAUCUAGUUUUCUCCAAGGUUCUGAUCAUGAGUGUGAAUCAAACAACUUGAACUUUCCUCCUUUCACUCCUCGAGUCCUGGACCACUUCCUUUUUGCAAGAACCCUCUGCAUGGACACGGUGUUUCACUCGGGCCUUCACUAUGAUGUCCACAGCUUGUAUGGCUACUCCAUGGCAAGAGCCACAGACUCGGCCAUGGAGAAUGUCUUCCCCAAUAAAAGGAACUUCAUUUUAUCCCGUUCUACUUUUGCUGGAUCUGGCAAAUUUGUUGCUCAUUGGUUGGGGGACAAUGCAGCCACAUGGGAUGAUCUCCGAUGGUCCAUCCCCAGUAUCCUUGAGUUCAACCUAUUUGGCAUCCCCCUGGUAGGUGCCAACAUCUGUGGUUAUAGAGAAGAUGUCUCAGAAGAACUCUGCAGAAGGUGGAUGCAGCUUGGAGCAUUUUAUCCACUAUCAAGGAAUCAUAAUGGGCCUGAGUUCAGGGACCAGGAUCCUGCAGCCUUUGGUGAAAACUCUCAGCUGUUGAAUUCCUCCAGACACUAUCUGAACAUCCGGUACACCCUGCUGCCUUAUCUCUACAGCCUCUUCUACCGCGCUCAUACCCUGGGGGAGACUGUAGCAAGGCCCCUUGUUCAUGAGUUCUACCAGGACCCAGCUACAUGGGAGGUGCACGAGCAGUUCUUAUGGGGGCCUGGACUCCUCAUCACGCCUGUUCUAUAUGAAGGUGUGACCCAAGUGAAAGCAUACAUACCUGAUGCCAUCUGGUAUAACUAUGAGACGGGAGUAGCCAUCCAAUGGAGGAAACAAUUGGUGGAGAUGCUACUGUCAGAUGAAAAGAUAGGACUUCACCUUCGAGGGGGCUACAUAUUUCCCACCCAGCAGCCAAACACAACCACAGAGAACAGUCGGAAGAAUUCCCUUGGACUCAUUAUUGCUUUGGACUAUAAGAGAGAAGCAAAGGGGGAACUCUACUGGGAUGAUGGUGUAUCUAAAGAUGCUGUCACUGAAAAGAAUUAUAUUUUGUAUGAUUUUUCCGUCACCUCUAACCAUCUACAGGCAAAGAUUAUAAAUGAUAAUUAUACGGAUCCUAACAACCUCACGUUUACAAAUAUCGCAAUCUUGGGAAUGGACAAGCAACCUACUAAUUUUACUGUCUUAUUUAAUAAUGCUGCCACCCCCAUUCCAAAUGUUGUCUACAGUGCUUCAACAAAGGUGGUGAGCAUCACUGAUCUUGAGGGACUGGUACUGGGACGAGAAUUCUCCAUCGGGUGGAAUCUUCCAGUCAGUGACCUGGAGAAGUUCAACUGUUACCCUGAGGACCCCAGUGCCUCCGAGGAGAGUUGUAGGCAGCGGGGGUGCCUUUGGGAGCACACAACUACUCCUGGUGUGCCCACCUGUUACUACGACACCAUCCCUAGUUAUGCAGCCAGUAACAUUCAGUACCUGCCCACGGGCAUCACCACAGACCUUGCCCUCUUGACAGCUCCCGAGUCAGUGGGAGCAGCGGCACCACCACCACCAUCAUCACGAGGUAUGCCACCCCCACCUGCAGCAGCAGCAGCCACCGCUGAUGAUCUCUCUGCAAAGAUUGACUUCCUCCAAUUGAGCGUCAUCUACCACACAGAAAACAUGCUGCAGUUCAAGAUCUAUGACCCCAGGAAUAAAAGGUAUGAGGUCCCAGUGCCUCUGAACACCCCUCCCUCUCCAGUUGGCUCCCCUGAAAACCGUCUGUAUGAUGUCAGGAUUCAGAACAAUCCUUUCGGGAUCCAGAUUCGACGAAAAAGCUCCAAUACUGUGAUCUGGGAUUCUCAGCUCCCCGGCUUCACCUUCAAUGAUAUGUUCCUGUCCAUUUCUACUCGCCUCCCUUCUGAGUACAUCUAUGGCUUUGGGGAAACUGAGCACACAGCUUUCAAAAGAAACAUGAGCUGGCACAUGUGGGGAAUGUUUGCUCGAGAUGAGCCACCAGCGUACAAGAAGAAUUCCUAUAGUGUCCACCCCUACUAUAUGGCACUGGAGGAGGAUGGCAGUGCCCAUGGAGUGCUCCUGCUAAACAGCAAUGCCAUGGAUGUGACAUUCCAGCCCACUCCUGCCCUGACGUACCGCACCACAGGAGGGAUUUUGGACUUUUAUAUGUUUUUGGGACCAACUCCGGAGCUUGUAACUCAGCAAUACACUGAGUUGGUCGGUCGGCCGGCAAUGAUUCCUUACUGGGCCUUGGGAUUCCAGCUGAGUCGCUAUGGAUACCAGAAUGAUACUGAAAUCUCCAAUUUGUAUGAUGCAAUGAUGGCAGCCCAGAUUCCCUAUGAUGUCCAGCAUGUAGACAUCGAUUACAUGGACCGGAAGCUGGACUUCACUCUCAGCUCCAGCUUUCAAAACCUUGGUCUCCUGAUUGAGCAAAUGAAGAAAGAUGGCAUGAGAUUUAUUCUCAUUCUGGACCCAGCCAUUUCUGGCAAUGAGACCCAGUAUCUCACAUUCACCAGAGGGCAGGAAAACAACGUAUUCAUCAAAUGGCCUGACAACAGUGAUAUUGUCUGGGGAAAGGUUUGGCCAGAUCUGCCCAAUGUGAUUGUGGAUGGAUCCCUUGACCAGGAAACUCAGGUUGAGCUGUACAGAGCCUACGUUGCUUUUCCUGAUUUCUUGCGUAAUAGCACAGCCACAUGGUGGAAGAAGGAAAUAGAAGAGCUCUAUACAAACCCUCGAGAGCCAGAAAAGAGCUUGAAGUUUGAUGGAUUGUGGAUUGAUAUGAAUGAACCAUCGAACUUUGUGGAUGGAUCUGUCUGGGGCUGCAGAGAUGAAACUCUUAAUAAUCCACCCUAUGUGCCGUAUCUGGAGUCCAGGAACAAGGGUCUGAGCAGCAAAACCCUGUGCAUGGAGAGUCAGCAGGUCCUGCCAGAUGGCUCCCUGGUGCGGCACUACGAUGUGCACAGCCUGUACGGGUGGUCCCAGACCAGACCCACAUACGAAGCUGUGCAGGAGGUGACAGGACAGCGAGGGGUCAUCAUCACCCGCUCUACUUUCCCCUCUUCUGGCCGCUGGGGAGGACACUGGCUGGGAGACAACAUGGCUGCAUGGGACCAGCUGAAGAAAUCUAUCAUUGGCAUGAUGGAGUUCAGUCUCUUUGGAAUAUCUUAUACGGGAGCAGAUAUUUGUGGGUUCUUUGGAGAUGCUGAAUAUGAGAUGUGUGUUCGUUGGAUGCAACUGGGGGCAUUUUAUCCAUUUUCCAGGAACCACAACACAUUCGGGACAAGGCGACAAGAUCCUGUGGCCUGGAAUUCAACCUUUGAGAUGAUCUCAAGAAACGUCCUCCAGACCAGAUACACCCUGCUACCUUACCUCUAUACUCUGAUGCAUAAAGCUCACGUUGAGGGCAGCACUGUUGUCCGACCCCUUCUCCAUGAGUUUACAGUUGACAACAAAACGUGGGAAAUAGACGAUCAGUUCAUGUUGGGACCCGCCAUCUUAAUCAGCCCCGUGCUAGAAAGUAACACUUUUGAGAUCCAUGCUUAUUUUCCCAGUGCUCGUUGGUAUGACUAUAGCACGGAAUCUGGCAAUACAUCCACAGGUGAGUGGAAAACCCUGCAGGCUCCCCUUGAUCACAUCAACCUUCACAUCAGAGGAGGCUACAUCCUGCCUUGGCAAGAGUCUGCAAUGAACACUUACUCCAGUCGACAAAAAUUUAUGGGAUUGAUUGUUGCUUUGGAUGACAAUGGGAAAGCCGAAGGUGAGAUGUUCUGGGAUGAUGGACAAAGCAUUGAUACCUAUGAAAAUGGAAACUAUUUCUUGGCAAAGUUUACAGCAGCUCAGAACAUAUUGGAAAUUCAGACCAUACACAAUAAGUAUUUGAGUGACUUGAAUCCACUGAAAGUUGGAUAUAUUCGAAUCUGGGGGAUAAACUCUAUGUUUGUGACACAAGUGACCUUCACCUAUGACAACCAGCAAUUCAUGGAGACAAAUUUCAAGAGUGACCCUUACACUCAGACACUAACUAUUCAAUUGACUGACAAGGAUAUCAGCCUGGAAAAGUUAACUGAAAUUACUUGGAUGUAUGGUGAUCCUAUAGUUUUUACUACACCCGUGACAAGUACCUUCCCAAUGAGUUCUCUACAUCCUUCUACAUCUAGUACUAAGGCUACCACUUCUGAGACUAUUAUCACUAGUUCUGCUAGUACAAGUACUCCUGCUGCUAGGACUACUACUACUCUUCCUAUCACAACCCCUCCUUUCCCAACAAGUACUAUGGAAGUUACAACUAGUGCUACUGUUCCUAUUACCACUGUGCCUUCCUCAACAAAUUCUCCUACUGCUAGGACUACUGCUACUCUUCCUAUCACAACCACUCCUUUCCCAACAAGUACUAUGGAAGUUACAACUGGUACCACUGUUCCUAUUACCACUAUGCCUUCCUCAACAAAUACUCCUACUGCUACUCUUCCUAUCACAACCCCUCCUUUCCCAACAAGUGCUAUUGAAGUUACAACUAGUGCUACUGUUCCUAUUACCACUAUGCCUUCCCCAACAAAUACUCCUACUGCUAGGACUACUGCUACUCUUCCUAUCACAACCACUCCUUUCCCAACAAGUACUAUGGAAGUUACAACUAGUGCUACUGUUCCUAUUACCACUGUGCCUUCCUCAACAAAUUCUCCUACUGCUAGGACUACUGCUACUCUUCCUAUCACAACCACUCCUUUCCCAACAAGUACUAUGGAAGUUACAACUGGUACCACUGUUCCUAUUACCACUAUGCCUUCCUCAACAAAUACUCCUACUGCUACUCUUCCUAUCACAACCCCUCCUUUCCCAACAAGUGCCAUUGAAGUUACAACUAGUGCUACUGUUCCUAUUACCACUAUGCCUUCCUCAACAAAUACUCCUACUACUAGGACUACUGCUACUCUUCCUAUCACAACCCCUCCUUUCCCAACAAGUGCCAUUGAAGUUACAACUAGUGCUACUGUUCCUAUUACCACUAUCCCUUCCCCAACAAAUACUCCUACUACUAGGACUACUGCUACUCUUCCUAUCACAACCCCUCCUUUCCCAACAAGUGCUAUUGAAGUGACAACUGGUACCACUGUUCCUAUUACCACUGUGCCUUCCCCAACAAAUACUCCUACUACUAGGACUACUGCUACUCUUCCUAUCACAACCCCUCCUUUCCCAACAAGAACUAUGGAAGUUACAACUAGUACUACUGUUCCUAUUACCACUAUGCCUUCAUCAACAAAUAUUCCUACUGCUAGGACUACUACUCCUCUUCCUAUCACAGCCACUCCUUUCCCAACAAGUGCCAUUGAAGUUACAACUGGUACCACUGUUCCUAUUACUACUAUGCCUUCCCCAACAAAUACUCCUACUGUUAGUGGUACUAGUAAUACUAUUUCUGUCACAACUACUUCUUUCCAGACUCCUCCCACCACUCUAAUUCAUACUCUUAUUUCUACUCCUAACUCUACUCCUCCUAGCUUGAGCACAUUUCCAACCAGUAAGACAUUUACUACUGAUUUAAUCACUGAUUUUACAACACCUACUAACGCAGACACCACUCAUCUCAACACCAUGGAUACACAAGGUACCAUGAUGAUGGAUGCUAUAGUUGCUACUACCAGCACCACAAAUAAUACCAGGAGUCCAGAUACCUCCAAAGAUAAAUUCACUGCACAUACCCAACCUGCUACAACUGAUUUUAUAAGCAUUUUCCCCCCAGAAGAAAUAACUGCUGCCUCCCUUAGCACUAUUAAUACUGCAAUGCUAACUUCUACAAAUCUGGGCAGUGGAACCUCUCCCGUCGUAACAAGUUCAAUAAAUAGCCUCACUACAGACAGUACAACAGUAAGUACACUUAAAUCUGCAGAUACUACCAUUGCUAUAGCAACUGUUACAGACACAUUAGUCUCUGCUACCCAGGACCUUAUUCACUUUCCCCCUUCCACUGAAGAUGUUAAAACUGCCACCACAGACAUCACACAGCUCACUACUCCCCAUUCUUCUCCUACUACAACACAAACUUUGAGCCACACAACGUUAAUUUCCACAAAUUUUUCUAAUCCAGCUUCUGUCAAUUCUACUAACACAAGUACUACAUCCAUAACUAUGGAUUCAGUUACUAGAAAUAUUUUAGAUAGUACCAUUUCAAGAAACACAAACACAAAUACAGGCUUCACCACAGUUACUAUGAUUACAAAUGCUACUCCUGUAGAAACUACCACUCAGGUCACUUCAGCUCUUCCUCCUACAGGCACCCAUGGUGCCACCACCACAGAAAAUGAAUCAUUAAUGGGACUUACCAGAAUCAUUACCACGACUAAUCCUCCACAUAUCCCUACUAAUGCUUUAAAUACCACAUCCAUUGGCACUGGAAAUAGCACUAUACCAAGCACCACCAAUGUAAAUACUACCAAUAAAAUAACUGGUGUUACCAAUAUUAUAAGCACUCCCACUAGAGAUAGCCCAACUACUGUUGAUGGCAGCAUGACAACUAUUCCUAUUGUGAGUAAUUUUUCUACUACUACAGACCCCAAAAUUGCUAUUACUCAAGACUUUGCCACUUCCCCACGUACCAACACUACAGAUAUUGAAUCUACUACUAAAGCUACAGGAAAUGCCAUUAUAGCAUACACCACCACCAUCACUACACAUAUUUCCAGCACAAAAACUACAAAUUCAAUGAAUACUUCUGACACAGUCCUUACAAACACUUCCAUUCCAAGUACCACUGCCGUUUCCUCCACCAACACUAUAAACAGUACAGGGCAUGAAGUAAAUAUUACUGAUGCAGAUAAUGUCAGCAGUGUUUCAGGUAACACUACACACAUUUCUAUUCCAAAUAUCACAACAGCCUCUGACGGGUUGAUGACUGCUGUUUUAGAUACAGCAAUCCACCAUCUGGUAAUAACAAAUUCUACAGCUAGUAAUUUAUCUAUUAUUGCAACUAAUGCCACCACAGAUGUUACAAAUAUUACCAUACAUGCUUUAAAUACUACCACUCCUGAUAGGAAAACAAUGGAUGCCUCUGCUACUGCAUCUACUUAUAUUGCAAAUGUUGUAAAUGCUACUAUAGUUCCAUGAUUAUUACUCAAGGCAGGAUAACUACUACAGAUAUCUCUUUAAAACAGUUAUUACAGAUAUAGAAAAAUCAAUGAACAGAUAAUGAUCUUACACUACAUAAGUUUUCACAAAUAUCAGCACUAGCUUUUAUAGAAAUGGCUACUCCAAGCACUGUAAACAUUACAGAUAUGUCUAAAGAUGCAUCCAUUACUAACUUUAUAAGUGUGAUUAAAGAACCUGUGGAAUAUAUACUACUAUUUUUUAAAUUAUAAUUAUAAAUCCUGAUGCUCCAUAAAUUGAACUACAGAUAUUUUAUAUAUCCUUGCUACAGACUUCACAGAUAAUUUUGGCUUCUCAAAUAAUACCACAUUAGGCUCUGUAAAUACUAUUGCUUUAGAUGUAGUUAUUAAGUUAACCUGACUUGUUCUUGGGUUUUAGAACAUAGUACUAUAACUGAGAGCACUGGUGAUAACUGGCACUCAAAUAACCACUAUAACAAGUUAUUAAUAUAUAGUAGACUAUUUAACUAGUAAUAAUAAAAAUAGCACUUUAUUUUCCUGUAGACUUUUCCAAGUACCAUGGCUACCAAUACAGUAAUUUGCCAGUACAUGUACUGAAAGUAUUAUCGCUUCUAAAGAGAUCCUUACUGUAGCUAAAGAUAUAGAAAAUGCUCCCAUUGUGUAUCUUGUAUAAAUUUUGACUCCAGGAACUGAAACAAUUCAAUUAGGAAUAUUAUAUGUUACUUUUACUAUCAUAGAAAAUAAAAAUAUGAUUAUAGAUGCUAAAAAUAUAACUUCCCAAGCUUUGCAACCAUUACUUCCAUAGGUACUGAUACUCUGACUACAGAUUUGAUAAGUACUUAUGUUUAUAGACAUUAAAAGUACCUCCAGGAAGUUAUAAUUAAUCUUACUUAUGAAAUACUCUUAGGCUCUUGAUGUUACUACUAAUGAAUGGAUUCAUUUAUGUUGCUCUACUCUUCUAUAGACCAGAAAUCACUCAGAUGGAGAUGAGUGUGUAAAGAUAUGGCGUAGGGGAGACAUCUCUGCUCUGGGAUCAGAGUUCUUAAUCUUAUUUGCUUUUUCUUUUAUCUCUUCACUUUUCCCUUGUUAUCUUACUGUGCACACCCUCCUUUAGCGUGUUGGGACUUUCAGCUUGUUCUUGGUCUUUCAUAUCCAAAGUCACCAUUUAUCCUUGAUCUAUUACUGUCUUAGAUCACCCAGACCCCCAUGAAUAGACUCGUGGUCAUAACCAAAUAUAGCCAGUUGGGUGCUAUUGAAGGCUUAGCCCUAGGACAGUAUUCUCAAAAUGCAGUCUGGGGACACAUGGGAGGCCCCAAAACUCUUUCUGGGGUCCACAAGGUCAAAUCUAUUUUCACAAUGCUAUUAUGUUGUUAUUUGCCCUUUUCACUCUCAUUAGUUUACAGUGGCAUUUUCCAGAGACUCUGUUCUGUGUGAUGUCACAAUAGAUGAAUAUAGAGACAAAUACAACAGUCUAGCUGUCUUCUAAUAAGCCAGACAUUAAACAGAUUUACAAAAGAUAAAAUAAUGUCAUUCUUUUCACUAUUAUUUUUUGCUUUGGAAAAUAGAAUUG